AUGAGAUAUAUCAAUGGAUUGACGAUAUUGAGAUUGAUAACAAUAUAUACAGUCAUACUGAUAGUGAAAGAUUUGGACGUAAUAUACGGCUUGAUAUGGUUAUCGAUUGAUUCACUGAGUGUGAAAUUCUUUUAUGAGAGUACUGCAUUGAGGAACCAUGUAUCUUCGCUGAACUGGAAGGAUGUAGAUAUAUUCUUACCACCGAAACUCAAUGAUACAAUAGCUGAAGUGUUACGACUUAAUGAAUUAUUAGCUCAUAAGCAGUACAAAUGUGACGAAGGCAUCAGUGUUGGUGAUAACAAAGGAGCUUUUACGAUUUGUAUUGAUGGAAGAUCGAACAAAACAAUGCGUAAUGUUUUGUUCAUUAGUGGUUCGCCAGAUGAUUUUGCUUUUUACUUGACUGCAGUAACCUCCGAACAAUGGAUAUUUUUUGUUCCAGAAGGAUUCGAAGCAUUUGACAACUUGAGAAACGUCGGCAAGUCUUGCCAAAUUUAUGUUUAUAACUAUGCGGAGAUGCAUUAUAUGUUCCAGUUAAGUAGUAAUGGUGAUUGGGAUUGCGAUGAGAUAUUGCAUGAAUUAUCGAAUAGACAAUUUGAUACCGUAUUCAUCAAUUUUUAUUCAUCCAUUAAGAAUAGAGAAUCAAAAAUUAUGCGAUCACAGGAACUUCGUAAUGCACCCAAGUUGAUGGAACAAGUUUUAAAGAUUUUACAAUCGGAUCAACUUCACCUGAUUAUCGAAAUAGAAAAAAAUAUGGAAAAUUUGGUAUAUGAUUGGUAUUUAUUGCUCUAUCAGAUGUAUCUCAAAUAUCAUUAUGCCCUUAUUGAAGCUGAAUCAAGUUCCGCUUGUGACCGGACGGUUCGUAAUUGUUGGUAUCGACUCAGUUUCAUUAGAAAAGCACAUCAUCAAGUGGAAUUACCUGUUUUUGGCUUUGGCUCUCCGAUAGAAGAGAAGAAUCGACUUAUGAAGUAUGUAACAACUUUUAGAAAGGAAAAUGUGGAAUGUAAUGAAAUUACGAAGAUUGAAAAUGAUAUACCUAUGCUGUGCAAGUUAAGUAUAAAAGAUCCAUGUAGUGUUGUUUACGUGAGUUAUCGUGAAUUUAAAGUGAUGGAAAAUUUCGAACACUUUCUUCCCUGUAAAGUUCAUUUUUUUUCGCCGGUGGAGUCAAAUCAAAGAUUGGUUUCAAUCCAAAAUGUAUAUCCUUAUGGCGUUUCACCAUAUUUUUCAAAAAAUUCUACAGUUCCUGAUGGCAAUGACAACUCAUGGCUUCUGAUAACUUUGUCAGAUAUGCUUAACAUUGUCAGUGAACUUAAAAUAAAUAAAUUUAUUUUUGAUCUUAAUGGUGGAGAAUGGGAUGUUUUUCCUGCAAUACUGGAAACAAAUCGAUUCAAGAGCAUUGUCCAGGAAGUGGAUCUCAGAGUUCGAUUUUGGAUCGGCGAAGACAGUGAAAACUAUCGUCGUAUUCUGAUGUAUUUUUUGCGACUUGAAGCCGAAAUUUCGCGGAACACGAUAUAUCAGUUUCGGGUUCGUGAUAUCAAUGGAGUGGAAGUAUCGUUAGAUCGAUAUAGGAACAAGGUAGUUUUAAUAGUAAAUGUGGCGUCUCAUUGUGGUCUUACCCAUUCAAAUUAUGCCCAGCUAAAGGAUUUACACGACAAGUACAAGGAACAAGGUCUGGCAAUAGCUGCCUUCCCUUGUAAUCAAUUCGCAUCACAAGAACCUGAUGAUGAAGAGGAAAUUAAACGUUUUGUGAAUGAAACAUUCAAUUUUGAACCUGACUUAUAUGCUAAGAUCAAUGUCAAUGGAGCAGAGGAACAUCCGUUGUAUACGUUUUUGAAAAGCCAAAAAAAGGGCACUCUGACAGACGCUAUUAAGUGGAACUUUACUAAAUUUCUUAUCAACAGACGCGGCGAGGUGGUAGAACGGUAUGCUCCCACGACGCAACCUAAGAACAUAGAAGAGAACAUUGUGAAAUUGUUGAAUGAACAUAUUGAUUUAUAA